CGAUAAUCGGGUCGGAUCCUUGUCGAAUUGUAAUAUCAUACUGCUUCCUAUCCACAACGGCACGACAGCGCGUUGCGUCUUUUGGGUCGCUGUCUUCCGACGCUGGAAUUGCUUCCCUGAGGCUCUUGCAGGUGAAUCAUUCUAAACCUUGAUCUGUAAUCCUAGAGGCUUAAGUAAAUGAAUGGCGACUUCAAGAGGGAUGCAUCGAUAUGCUUCAUUAUCUGAUCUUGAUAAAGAAGAUUAUGUUGUAAAUGACUUUGAAUCUGACCCCUGGGAUGCCCCUGACAAAAAGAGUUUGCCUUCUACACCUAGAUGCUUAUGGAAGGGUUCAAAUAACUUAUCAUCUGUCACAUGCCCAUCAGACAAAUUUGAUUCAUUUAAAGAUCAUGGCAAUUCAGAGCAUUCUAGAAAGGAAAUUGAGGUAAACUUGAAGAAUGUUCUUGGUGGCAUAGUGGCUAUUCUUACUGGCAGAAACAAAAACCAUGGUGACCUUCAACCACAGCAAAAUUCUACCUCAACUACGUUGUUCUUGGGUUCUGAAGAUAGUGGUGGUAGUUUCCUUCAUCCAUCUGUGUACAUACCAAGUGCACCACCACUUCUCGAGGCGGAGGCCGUCAACUACAGUGCUUAUAGAGCAGUUCUGGAAGCAGAUCCUCCAGAAUGGCUACCAGAUAGCCAUACUUCUGUGUGUAUGCAGUGUGCUUUACCUUUUACAGCGCUUACUCGUGGAAGACAUCAUUGUCGAUUUUGUGGUCAUAUUUUUUGUAAAGCAUGUUCAAAAGGAAGAUGUUUGUUACCAGUCAGAUUUCGUCAACGAGAUCCUCAAAGAGUGUGUGAUGCAUGCUAUGAUAGGCUAGAUCCAUUGCAAGGCUUAUUAAUAAAUUCAAUUAGCAAUGCUGUGCAAUCAGCAAAGCAUGAUGUUUUGGACUGGACAUCUGCAAGAGGGUGGUUGAAUCUUCCUGUAGGUUUAUCCAUGGAACAUGAUAUAUACAAGGCAGCAAAUACUUUAAAAAGCUAUAGCCAGAUUGCCAGAUUGAAUCCUGAAAAAUCUAUCCCUCUAGCUGUCCUUCAUGGAGCAGAAGGGCUUGCUAUCCUGACAGUUGCUAAAAUUGGCGCUAUUCUUACUUAUAAAUUAGGUACAGGCCUGGUUGUUGCUAGGAGGUCAGAUGGGUCGUGGUCUGCACCAUCUUCCAUUGCCUCUGUGGGUUUAGGUUGGGGAGCGCAGAUUGGAGGGGAGUUGAUGGACUACAUCAUCGUACUUCAUGGUUCCAAAGCGGUCAAGACAUUUUGCAGCCGCAUGCAUUUUUCUCUUGGUGCUGGCCUUAGUGCUGCAGCAGGGCCUAUUGGUAGAGUCUUGGAAGCAGAUCUAAGAGCUGGAGAUAAAGGGUCAGGCAUGUGUUACACUUACAGUUGUAGCAAAGGUGCUUUUCUUGGAGUUUCACUUGAAGGCAACGUGGUCGUGACCCGUCUGGAUGCUAAUACACGCUUUUAUGGCGACCCUUAUCUUACUACUACUGACAUACUUAUGGGGACAGUAGAUCCGCCCAAAGCUGCUAUACCUUUGUACGCUGCACUGGACGAUCUAUUUUCUGCAGUCGAAUGCUAGCGUUCAUGUGUCUAAUUGUAUAAAUAAAACUCCCUUGUGCUAUUAAAUAUGCAGUAAAAUGUAUUUGAUCAUAAAACCUUUCAUUUGACCUCAAAGAGAAUGAUGGAUAAAUGUGAUGAAUACGAGCAGGAAUGAAAUCUGUACAGUAGUUGGACAUUGUACAUAUGAUCACCAUCUAUCGCAAUUUGAUUACAUUCGUAAA